ACACGGUUCGUCCACUCCUCUCCAAAAAAACGUCUUAUCCACUUCCGCCCCUUGGCGAAAAAACAACAUCUUAUCCACCCCCACUCCUCUCGAAAAAACAACAUCUUAUCCACUUCCCGUCCCUUGCGGAAAACAUCUUACCCACUCCCACCCCUCUCAAAAAAAGUUAAAAAAACAUCUUAUCCACUCCCACUCUCCUCGGAAAACGUCUUAUCCACUUCCAGUUGGCUCGGAAAACUACUUAUCCACUCCCACUCCUCUCAAAACACAUCUUACCCACUCCCGCUCCUCUCAAAAAACAUCUUAUAUCCACUCCCGCUCCUCUCGAAAAACGUCUUAUCCACCACCACUCCCCUCUGAAAGAGAAACACCCUAUCGAGCUGACGCUCUCAACGCAUGUCCUGAGCCAAGGUAGCAAGCCGGGUAAUGGCCCCGGAGCUGAAUAACGAACUUGAUAACGAGGUUGAUGAGGAUGACGCUGACAACAAGGCUGCCAAGGACGAGGCUGACGAGGAUGAGGCUGAGAACGUGGCUAAUGAUGACCCUGAUGAUGACAAGCGUCAUAAUGAGCCAGACAACGAGCCGGAUAAUGAGCCGGAUAAUGAGCCGGAUAAUGAGCCGGAUAACGAGCUUGAGAAUGAGGUUGAUGAGGAUGACGCUGACAGCCAGGCUGCCCAGGAUGUGACUGACAACAAGGCUGAAGAGCACGAGGCUGACGAAGACGCUGACGAUGACAAGCCUCAUAAUGAGCCAGAUAACGAGCCGAAUACCGAGCUUGAGAAUGAGGUUGACGAGGAUGACGCUGACAGCGAGGCUGCGCAGGAUGAGAUUGACCACAAGGCUAAAGAGGAUGCGGCUGAGAACACGGCAGACGACGACGCUGAUGAUGAUCCUCUUGACAACACUGACGAGGCUGAUAGCAAGGCAAGACUGACAAUGACGCUGACAAUGAUACUGACAGCAAUACGAAAACACAAAGCCAAUGGCAGUGAGAGGGGUCACAAAUGAGACUGACAAUGAGAGUGGUCACAAGACUGAAAAUGAGACUGACAGCAAGGUCAGCGUUGAAGCUGGCAGGCAAUGGCAGUGAGAGGGGUCACAAAUUUCAGUGAAGUCCCUUUCCCAGUCGGCGAUUYGCAGYUAUCUCCUCUUGCACUCAAGUSUAGUCCCUUGCGAUGUGCAGAASGKCAYCAAGAAGARCAAAGGCUGCCUCCAGCGGUCACAAAWCUCAGUGAAGUCCCUCGCCMAGUUGCACUUUCACAACUUUCUCCCCUUUCACCAAAGCCCACUCCCCUACCAUAUAUGGAAUGCGUUCAGUGAAUAYAGUCUGCCUCAGACAGAUACAAGAGGAAGGAAUGUGUCACAGAAAGAACGAAGAAAAUGCUCCAUGACAUGGUGAGACAAGAAGAGCAAAGGGCUGCAUCCCCYAUAUCUUCUGUCUUCUUAUCAAUAAACCCUCCAACAGGUCUUCUUAUCAAUAAACCCUCCAACAGUAAAACCUUCAACAGGUC